AUGCUGGCCAGAGGCCACACUGGAGCCUUCUCACAGGGAGAAGAUGAAGGAACCGCGGGACUCUGCAGACCCAACCCAGCAGCAUCCCAAGCAGGGCUCAGGUGUGCCGCGGGAGGAGAACUAUGGAUUGGGCUCCUUGAAGCCACUGUCUUCAGAAUCAAGCUCUCCCCGGGUUCCUCUCUGAAUGACCACAUGGGAUCAUACACCACUGUAUUGGCUGGGGGGGGGGGCGGCGUUGCAAUGGCGGCGGGGGGGGCAGGGGAUGGACCAGAUGCAGACACACCAGCCGGCAGAAGGGACAACACCUCACUGCAGGGCAUGGCAACUUCCACCGCGGCUGCAAGAGAAGCAGGAGGAGGUGUGGCAAUGAAAGUGGUGCUCCCGCGGCUCAUUGACACUGCCACCUCCAACCUGGCUUUCUUGGCGGCCACAGAGGCCGCCGCUGCAUCAUGA